CAACAUUCUACCGGGGAGGGGGAAUAUUUUAUUAUCAAUCUGUUAGCCGACAUAGUUAAGCUUUAACAUAGCGCACGUCUUGUGAAUAAGUGGCAUAAUUUAGGCGAUUAAUGCCACUCCAGGAGAGGAUUGUCUUGUAGAAGACAAGGAUGAUACUGUGUUGUGAUAGGACUUGUUUUGCGAAAACAAGAAGCCUGACCAGUGUACAGUAGUAAUAUUAUCUGGGUAACGUAAGAUCUAACUUUAACGUUAAUUUAUAGAACGGUUUGUCAUGGGAAUAUAGUCGCUGGUGUCUUGUGCUAUAAUUAAAUCAAGUCAGUUGUGUAACGCUAAGUAACAAAUAUGUACUACUUCUUUUGCUAAUGCUAAUGCUGCUAGCUUAAUGAACAAAAGCUGAAGACGUCAACAGUCUCUCGUCAGGCUGUGUGAGCUUUAACACAUUUUUAUUCAUACUGAAAUCGUAAAUAUCAACGAUUAAUAUUGUUUAAAACGCGCGUUCAUAAAAACCUACUUUAGAUCAUUUUACAUUGUGUUUAAAUUUAUAUAAUAAUUUUACUGACUAAUAACAAAAAUAUAAUUUGACAUUAAUUAGACAAAAAAUACGCCUAAUCUGUAUAUAUAGUAGAAAAGUAUAUAUAUAAAAAUACGUUACACGUUCAUCUAAAAACUUCCACUUUAUUGUUUUAUUACAGUAGAAACGAACUUUAUUAUAUAUUGUGCCAGACUUCCGGUUAAUUUAGCAUCAGUUUCUAUUAAUUUAUUUUUUGUUUUUUGUUUUUUUUUCUCAGGAGUUAAUAACACUACACAAUUAUUUUUGUUAGUAUAAAAGUUGAUUUACUAUUAAAUAUAGAUUCGUGUUGGGGGAAAAUUCAGGUUUUUCAGGGAACUGGUAAACCGGAAAAAACGGUUAGCUAGCUAGUUAGCAUGGUCAAGAUCGUCAUUACUGUCAGAAGAAAUUUCUUUUAAAAACAAAUAAAUCGGAUUCACAACGCGUGCAUUUUUAUAUUCAAGUCCAAACUGACUUAUUUAUUUAUUCACUUUAUAAAAAAAAGAAUAGGCAUUAUUUCAAGUUUUAAACAGACAAACUGAAAAAAAAUCUGUUCCUGACUAAGUUAGCUUAGCAUCCUGUGUAUUAACUGUUCACCUGCAGUCAACAUCCUCCAUCUUAGAAAAGUGCCAUCAAUCAUUAUUGUAGUUUCACUACGUUUCUAGCAAUUAGGCUUUUUAGAAUUCUCGAUCAUUGAUCAAGUCUAGAACAUACAAUAGUCACGAGUCUGCGCAAGUAUUAUGUUGCGCGAGUCCAUGAUACACAAUCUUUAUUCUUAACGGCAACUGUUGAGUUGAAAAAUCUCUGUAGAAUCUGUAGAGUGCUGUAGAAUCUUUCAAUAUCGUAACUCAAAAAAGUCGACAGUACUGACUAACUGAUCAAUUUAAAAUUUUAUUUAUUUAUUUUUUUGCUUCAUUUCUAGAUAUAUUUUUUGUUUUAGAUACGUCUCUGAAUUGCUUUUACAUAUAUUGAUCAGUAAAAAUUAACGAUGAAUUGAUUUUGAACUACUGAGGUGAACGUUUGAUGCACUGGAACAGUUUUUCUAGACAAAUUAGGGUUCCUUUGGGUCACAGUCCUUACCGUAGGACUCAUCCCCGUCUCCCCGUCCCUUCAGUAGUUUAGUGGCAGAAUGAGCGGGGCUGGGGAUAAGAGCGUCAACGGGGUUCUGGUUUGUCAGGAGAGUUAUGCGUGCGGUGGAACGGAUGAAGCCGCAUACGAGUGCGAUGAAUGUGGCAGCUUACAGUGCACACGCUGUGAGCUCGAGCUCCAUCGGCAGGAGCGCAUGCGCAAUCAUGACCGGGUACGGAUCAUGCCGGGCCAUGUGCCGUUUUGUGACCAGUGCAAAGGGCAGGCAGGCAGUCCGAGUAACGGAUCCCGCCACAGGGCCGUGGUGCGCUGUCAGGGCUGCAAGAUUAACCUAUGCCUAGACUGUCAGAAGCGGACGCACAGUGGCGUGAGCAAGAGGAAACACCCGCUCUUUACUUAUCCACCAUGCAAAGCCCCGGAAAAGAACCCUAACACCGGUGAUGAGGAGUUAGAUGAGGGGAAAGCUCAGCUGGAAAAAGUUUGCAGCUUCCUCCUGGUGGAUGAGAAAGAAGAUAUGCAGGUGAGGGACGCAGACGAGUUUGUUAGCAGUCUGGGCUCCGCCCCGGACGAGCUCCUGAAGGUGGUGUCCAUCUUUGGGAACACGGGCGAAGGCAAAUCUCACACCCUCAACCACACGUUCUUCAGAGGCAGAGAGGUGUUCAAGACUUCUCCCACACAGGAGUCCUGCACGGUGGGCGUGUGGGCGGCGUUGGACCCGCUCCAUAAAGUAGUGGUGGUGGACACCGAGGGGCUCCUGGGAGCCGGUGCUCACCAGGGCCAGCGCAUUCGUCUCCUGCUGAAGGUCCUGGCCGUGUCCGAUCUGGUGAUUUACCGCACGCACGCUGACCGUCUCCAUGAUGACCUCUUCAAGUUCCUGGGCGACGCCUCUGAAGCGUAUUUAAAGCAUUUCACCAAGGAGCUGAAAGCCACCACGGCCCGCUGUGGCCUGGACGUCCCACUUUCCACUCUGGGCCCGGCUGUGAUCAUCUUUCACGAGACCGUCCACACCAAAUUACUUGGCUCAGAUAAGCCCUCAGACUCCGCAGAGCGUCUCCUCCAGGAUCGUUUCCGGAAGCUUGGCCUCUUCCCCGAGGCGUUCAGCUCUAUCCAGUACAGAGGAACUCGAACCUACAACCCUCCCACCGACUUCAGCGGCCUGCUGCGCAGCGUGGAGCUUCAGCUGGACAACUCCACCACGCGCUCACCACGAACAGCCAGCGUCAUCUACAAAGCCCUAAACGCUCUGAGUGAGCGGUUUAGUGGUGAGAUACCUGAUGAACAUCUGUCCAGUAACUCCUUCUUCCCUGAUGAGUAUUUUACCUGCUCCAGCAUCUGCCUGAGCUGUGGCUCAGGCUGCAAGAACAGCAUGAACCACCUACGUGAGGGUGUGAGCCACGAGGCCAAGCACCGCUGCCGCUAUUCCGCACACUACGACAACCGCAUCUACACCUGUAAGGCGUGCUAUGAGAGCGGUAAGGAGGUGAUCGUGGUUCCUAAGACCACAGCGUCCUCCGACUCGCCCUGGUUCGGUCUGGCCAUCUACGCCUGGUCCGGGUAUGUGAUCGAGUGUCCAAACUGUUCAGUGAUCUACAGAAGCAGGCAGUACUGGUACGGCAACCAGGACCCUGUCGACACCGUGGUCCGUACUGAGAUACACCACGUUUGGCCGGGGUCGAACGGAUUCUCAAAGGACAACAACAAUGCAGCACAGAGGCUGCUGGACGGAGUGAACUACAUUUCUCAGUCAGUGUCGGAGCUCAGCGUGAAACCCGCCAAAGCCGUCACUUCCUGGCUCACUGACCAAAUCGCCCCGACUUACUGGAAACCCAACUCGCUCAUCCUCAACUGCUCCAAGUGCGGCGCGGCUUUCGACGAUAGCGAUACGAAGCACCACUGCCGGGCGUGCGGAGAAGGCUUCUGUGACGGCUGCUCGUCUAAAAGCAGACCCGUCCCCGAGAGAGGAUGGGGACUGACGCCGGUCAGGGUGUGUGACGCCUGCUUCCAAAACCGAGGAAUCCCAGAGGAGCUGUUGGAUGAGGCUCUGAAGGAAGACGAGAGCGGGACGCUGCUUGCCAGGAAAGUGGGAGAAGCCGUACAGAACACUUUAGGAGCUGUGGUCACUGCCAUCGACAUCCCUCUGGGUUUGGUUAAAGAUGCGGCGCGGCCGGCGUACUGGGUUCCUGACCAGGAUAUCCGCUGCUGCUAUCAGUGCCAGCGUGAGUUUAACGCCCGUCUCUCCAUCCAUCACUGCCGGGCCUGCGGACAGGGCGUGUGUGACGGCUGCUCUCCUGACCGGCGCGCCGUACCGUCUCGUGGCUGGGACCAUCCUGUACGCGUGUGCGUCACGUGCCACCAGAAACCGGGAGAUCUUUAGCAGGAUCGGAUGUCAGACAGCAGCACGUCAGGGCAGAACAGUGAUUUUGCACGUCGACGCUCUUCACCAUCUUUCUCCGGUGAAGCAAAGACUCAAAGUAUCUUGUUUAAUUUGUAGCUUAACAUUUUUUUACAGAAGGAAAACAUCGAUAUUAUUUAGACAGUCCAUCGCUUCCCGUGCGAUUAUAAUCCAUGUCGUCACUCCGAAUCGUCCGGUCAUAUCCGGACAAAAGUAUGAAGCGUUUUCCAGACAAAUCCGCAUCAAAAGCAUCGAAUCCAGGGAAUCUCUGUACUGUAACCACGGACAGGACGCUUCAGAGCCGGCUUUAGCGCGGCAGUUAGUUUAUGUUGCUCCUUCUGCGUCUCAACGGCUUCCUCCCAGGAGAAAUUUUGUACUCAAGGUCACGUAGUUUUGUAGGGAAAUUAAAAUCAUUUCCCGUUUACAGAGGAGCUCAUUUUAUAAUAUUUAUGACGUUUAUUACGGACAUUUUCCUGUAAUGCACAACCACUUUCUUCUGCACAAGCAGGAAUUUAUGCAUUGUAUUGAACAUACGACACUUUAAAUAGCGACUCGUGGAUCAUGUGCCAAAUUUAAACGAAAAAAAAGUGUGAGACGAUAAACACAUCACAAUUCGUGUCUUGUUUCUCACCCUGUCAAGUUUAAUUCCAGGAUUUGUCCACAUUUCUUAAGUAUAAUAGAAAGAUACAAGUCCUUAGAAUUAGAGAAGAGAUCCAGAGCACAUUAAUAUUCACUAGUAUAAUUUACUAAAAGAAUGUUUUUAAAUACCUUAAUAUAAAGGUGAUCUUUUCUCCCCCCUAAAUAGAUUGGAUUUGAUCUUUCAAUCGUUUGCAGAUGGAAUGAAGUGGUGGCACAUUUUCUGCAGGUCACUACUAAAGUGAAGUGCGUCUGACACGAACUUCUCGUUCUCUUCCUCAGGACGUCAACCUGCACACUGAUUUAAAAAGCUGUGUGAUUUCACACACCGCUACACAUCUAGCUGGAAAAGAUUCUGCGUCAGAUUGUACCGCAGGAGGUCGGAUGCAGCGCCCGAUAAAGAUUUGUACACGUUUCUCCCGUCACCAAAACCGUAUUCGUGUCCGUCUCACGAGUUCAUCGUCCUCCUAUUGGUGGAGUUCAGACGAACGUCGUAUCAACGUCACGUUAUGCGUUCCCCCGAGGCCGAUCUCGACCGAUUCACAACCAAAGACUGUGUGAUAUUUGUCUGAAAAUCGAGCUGAAAUUCAUACAUCGUAUAUCCAAGCUUUAGCUACAUAGAAGACACGCUACCUGCAUGGCAAAAGCUCAUCCGCUUGACUACACGUCGUCAUCAUUCAUGUCACUUGCUAGAUGUUUCCGUUAAGCUCCUGGUACGGGUUAAUACGAUGACGUUAAAAAAAAAAAAAAAUAAAAAAAAAAUGCCCUCGGGCAAAAAACAAACAAACAAAACUCUUGUCUGUAACCGAGUUUGUUUUAUUUAAGGUCUAACGUUAGACUGACUGAAUGUGACCGAGACCUUAUUCACCUUGUAUGCUGAGUAAAUUAAACAUGAGUACUUUUACUAUUGUCUGA